AUGGCGAACAAGACAGUUAUAGCCUUUGACCUCUAUGGCACCUUGCUGUCCACAGACUCCAUUGCCAAGGCACUAGCGAAGCACUUCGACUAUACCAAAGCACAGUCCAUCUCCGCACUCUGGCGAAGAUACUAG